UGACAGCUUUGAAGAACAUUCUGAAGAUUGUAUGGAAGACAAUAUAUCAAGAGUCUAUUUAUUGAAUUUGUCUAGAACAAAAGCCAAGAGCUCUCUAAUGUAACCACGUUAGUGCUUAUUUUGAGGAGGAAUAUAUAGAUUUUUUUAAACAACUAUAAAGCAAAUAGCUUACUAACAAAAAAUCCAUUUUGGAAGAUGUCACUAAAUAACUCUUCCAGUGUAUUUCUGGAUUCAGUGCCCACUAAUACAAAUCGCUUUCAAGUUAAUGUCAUAAAUGAGAACCACGAGAGCUGUGCAGCUGGCAUUGACAAUACUGAUCCACCACAUUAUGAAGAAACCUCCUUUGGGGAUGAACAAAAUAGACUCAGAAUCAGCUUUAGGCCUGGGAAUCAGGAGUGCUAUGAUAAUUUUCUCCAAACUGGAGAAACAACCAAAACAGAUGCCAGUUUUCACACUUACGAUUCUCACACUAACACAUACUACCUACAAACCUUUGGCCACAACACCAUGGAUGCUGUUCCCAAGAUUGAGUACUAUCGCAACACCGGCAGUGUCAGUGGGCCCAAGGUCAACAGGCCCAGUUUGCUUGAGAUUCACGAGCAACUGGCAAAGAAUGUAGCAGUGACUCCAGGUUCAGCUGACAGGGUUGCUAACGGAGAAGGGAUGCCUGGAGAGGAACAUGCUGAAAACAAGGAAGAAGACAACAAAGCCGGUGCUGUGAAGUUUGGAUGGGUGAAAGGUGUGCUGGUGAGAUGCAUGCUGAACAUCUGGGGAGUCAUGCUCUUUAUCCGUCUCUCCUGGAUUGUUGGAGAAGCUGGAAUCGGUCUUGGAGUUGUCAUAAUUCUUCUUUCCACCAUGGUAACUUCUAUUACUGGGUUGUCAACUUCUGCAAUAGCAACUAACGGGUUUGUUCGUGGAGGUGGGGCCUAUUAUCUAAUUUCAAGAAGCUUAGGGCCCGAGUUCGGUGGGUCAAUAGGCUUGAUCUUUGCUUUUGCCAAUGCAGUGGCUGUUGCUAUGUAUGUGGUGGGAUUUGCUGAGACUGUGGUAGAUCUUCUUAAGGAAAGUGAUUCAAUGAUGGUGGAUCCAACCAAUGACAUCCGGAUAAUAGGCUCCAUCACAGUGGUGAUUCUUCUAGGAAUUUCAGUCGCUGGGAUGGAAUGGGAAGCAAAGGCUCAAGUGAUUCUUCUGAUCAUUCUCCUCAUUGCUAUUGCAAACUUCUUCAUUGGAACUGUCAUUCCAUCUAACAAUGAGAAGAAAUCCAGAGGUUUCUUUAAUUACCAAGCAUCAAUAUUUGCAGAAAAUUUUGGGCCAAGCUUCACAAAGGGUGAAGGCUUCUUCUCUGUCUUUGCCAUCUUCUUCCCAGCAGCCACUGGGAUACUUGCUGGUGCCAACAUCUCAGGAGACUUGGAGGACCCUCAAGAUGCCAUCCCCAGAGGAACUAUGCUGGCCAUUUUCAUUACUACUGUUGCCUACAUAGGUGUUGCUAUUUGUGUAGGAGCCUGUGUGGUUCGAGAUGCCACUGGGAGCAUGAAUGACACCAUCAUUUCUGGGAUAAACUGCAAUGGGUCAGCAGCCUGUGGGUUGGGCUAUGACUUCUCAAGAUGCCGACAUGAACCAUGUCAGUAUGGGCUGAUGAACAAUUUCCAGGUCAUGAGCAUGGUGUCAGGGUUUGGCCCUCUCAUCACUGCUGGAAUCUUUUCGGCAACUCUGUCCUCUGCCCUGGCCUCCCUCGUCAGUGCACCCAAAGUGUUCCAGGCUCUGUGCAAGGACAACAUCUACAAAGCCCUGCAAUUCUUUGCAAAGGGAUAUGGGAAAAACAAUGAACCCCUGAGAGGAUAUAUUCUCACUUUCGUUAUAGCCAUGGCAUUUAUUCUUAUUGCGGAGCUGAACACCAUUGCUCCCAUCAUCUCCAACUUUUUCCUGGCCUCUUAUGCGCUUAUUAAUUUCUCCUGCUUCCAUGCCUCUUAUGCCAAAUCUCCAGGAUGGAGACCUGCAUAUGGAAUUUACAACAUGUGGGUAUCUCUUUUUGGAGCUGUUCUGUGCUGUGCAGUCAUGUUUGUCAUCAACUGGUGGGCAGCUGUCAUCACCUAUGUCAUUGAGUUCUUCCUCUAUAUCUAUGUGACUUAUAAGAAGCCAGAUGUAAACUGGGGCUCCUCCACUCAGGCGCUUUCCUACGUUAGUGCUUUAGACAAUGCUCUAGAAUUAACCACAGUGGAAGAUCAUGUGAAAAAUUUCAGACCCCAGUGCAUUGUCUUAACAGGGGGACCCAUGACCAGACCUGCUCUCUUGGACAUUACAUACGCCUUUACCAAGAACAGUGGCCUUUGCAUCUGUUGUGAAGUCUUUGUGGGACCACGCAAGCUGUGUGUUAAGGAGAUGAACAGUGGCAUGGCGAAAAAACAGGCCUGGCUUAUAAAGAACAAAAUCAAGGCUUUUUAUGCUGCAGUGGCAGCAGAUUGUUUCAGGGAUGGUGUCCGAAGUCUCCUUCAGGCCUCGGGCUUAGGCCGAAUGAAGCCAAACACUCUGGUGAUUGGAUAUAAAAAAAAAUGGAGGAAAGCUCCCUUGACAGAGAUCGAGAACUACGUGGGAAUCAUACAUGAUGCAUUUGAUUUUGAGAUUGGUGUGGUGAUUGUCAGAAUCAGUCAAGGGUUUGACAUUUCUCAGGUUCUUCAGGUUCAAGAGGAAUUGGAGAAAUUAGAACAGGAAAGACUGGCAUUGGAGGCCACUAUCAAAGAUAAUGAGUGUGAAGAAGGAAAUGGAGGUAUCCGGGGCUUGUUUAAGAAAGUUGGCAAGCUGAACAUCACUAAACCAACUCCCAAGAAAGAUAGCAGCAUUAACACAAUCCAGUCAAUGCAUGUGGGAGAGUUCAACCAGAAACUGGUGGAAGCCAGCACUCAAUUUAAAAAGAAACAAGGAAAAGGCACAAUUGAUGUUUGGUGGUUGUUUGAUGAUGGAGGGUUAACACUCCUUAUCCCCUAUAUCUUGACUCUCAGAAAAAAAUGGAAAGACUGUAAAUUAAGAAUCUAUGUUGGAGGGAAGAUAAAUCGCAUUGAAGAAGAAAAAAUAGCAAUGGCUUCUCUUUUGAGCAAAUUUAGGAUAAAAUUUGCAGACAUCCACGUCAUUGGUGAUAUCAACAUUAAGCCCAACAAGGAGAGCUGGAAAUUCUUUGAAGAGAUGAUUGAACCAUAUCGUCUCCAUGAAAGCUGCAAAGAUUUAACAACCGCUGAGAAAUUAAAAAGAGAAACUCCAUGGAAAAUUACAGAUGCAGAACUGGAAGCAGUCAAGGAAAAGAGUUACCGCCAAGUUCGACUGAAUGAACUCUUGCAGGAGCACUCGAGAGCUGCUAAUCUCAUUGUCUUGAGCCUUCCAGUGGCGAGAAAAGGAUCUAUAUCGGAUUUGUUGUAUAUGGCUUGGCUGGAAAUCCUCACAAAGAACCUUCCUCCUGUCUUACUAGUUAGAGGAAAUCACAAAAAUGUCCUGACAUUUUACUCUUAAAACAUGAAAGAUUAGAAAACAUAUUAAUGUAUGGCUAAUUAAGAAGCAUGUUGCUGUACUAUAUGCUGUAAAUCUGAUCCUUGGAUAUGUAAAUCUCUGGAGACUGUCCUACCAUAUUCUACUGAUUUAUUCAUAUAAAUUGUAGUAUAUUAGAAUUUUUAUUAGUUACUGGAGGUUUUUUUUUUUUUCUAUUAGCUUAAGAGAGUCUCAAAACCAAUGCUGCUCCUAGAAAAAAAAUUUUGUCAUUGCUGUUGAUAAAUAAUAAGCAAACCCAGGCUGGCUUGUACUCAUGAAAACCACCAAUUUGACUGGAAGCUUCUCCAGGCAUACUUAAUCUUUUGUUUGUACGUUGUUUGCUUCUGGGCACUGAUAUAGGCCUCAGCCCCACAGCAGGUGCUCAACAAAUGCUUAUUGACAGCCCCAGAGAGUAACCAUGGGUGGUUAUCAAAGGAGAAGACCAACUGGGUGUGAAACCUGAUUAUACGUGGCCUCCUGAGAGGCUUGUAUCUACAAAGAAGAUUUAAAAAUCAAUAACUGAAAACUUUAAAAAGUUCUUGAGUUACAAAAUGUUUAAAGCACUUAUUUAAAUAAGGUUAUUUAAUGUAACUGAUUAAAUACUUAGUGAUCAAGUGAUCAUUGAUAACACAUGCCUUAAAUUUGCUACUGACUGAAAAGUACGUUAACCACCUUAGAAGGCAACAUUGGUUCCAAUUAAAUGAAAUAUAUUUCAUUCUUAACAUCAAACUCUAAUUGUCCACCCUACUAAAUAUUUAGAAAUUUCCAUCAUGGUAUUACUCUGCAUCCUUUUUCCUAAUUAAGUAAUUAGCACAGAUGAAGUAAGUCUUUAAGACAUCUAAUUGAAAGCAAAGUACCAUAAACUUUCAAACCAUCAUUAUGAAAUACAUCCUGAAUCAUAUAUUUACUUUCUAGGUGAUUGUAUGUAUUUAAAGAAUAAUUACAAUGUGAAAUGGAAAUGCUUGCAAAAUUUGGAAUAUAUAGGAACUGAUUUUUUUUUAUUUUGUAGUACACCUAUAAUACUUAAUCAUAUUGACAAACCAACAAAAAAAUUGGUUUUCUGAUGAACGACUUGAUUUUUUUUCCUUGACAUAGUUUGACUGUUUAUUCUAACUAUGAAAAUAUAUGGGAAAAAAUGAACCUGAAAUAAAAGCAC